AUGAAGUUAGCCACAGUCCACAGAGCUUGCGGCAGCCUCCGGGUGUACGCUGCCCGCCCGGGAAGCAGAUUCAGCGUUUUGUCGCGGGGAUGUCCUCCUGUUGGGGUCAUCAACAGCCGGUUAAUCAUCCGGACGGCAAGCGCUGCAACAAGCAGCGGAACCCAACCAAGAUGUACUGCUAACACUGGAAAAGGCUCCUCAGAAGAGGUUUGGUCUGGAAGCGACAGCUCGGCGUGGGAGGUGGUUCAGAGAACCAAAGAGGCCAUCGAGACUCUCCAGAAGCAAAACCCAGAAGUCCAACCUUUGUUAGCCAUUCUACAGGUUUCUGUAUGUUUUGCUCAAUCAGCCUAUUUUAUCUCAAAGGCAGGCGACGAUGACGGCAUGCUGGAGAUCAAUAAAAAGAUGGUAGGAAAGGCUGGCUUGAACGUCACUCAGAUUUGUCUUGCGAAAGGGUGCAGUGAAGAUGAAAUUGUAGAGGAGCUGUUGAAGCUGAACGAUGACCCCAGGGUGCAUGGAGUGUACCUCCACCUCCCCCCGGCUGCCCUCACAAGUCGAGUCCUCAACACGCUUAAACCUGAGAAGGAUGUUGAUGGCAAAUCGGAUUUGAAUGUAGGCCGCCUGGUGCGAGGAGACCUGAGCAGAGGUUUUGUGCCACCUGUUGCUGCUGCUGUUCUGGAUCUGCUGAGGAAAAAUGAUUUUCCUUUGGAGGGGAAAAAUGUGCUGCUUGUUGGAGGUGAAGGACCCCUCGCUUUGGGCAUGCAAUGCAUGAUUGAAAGAAGUGGGAUGGCAGUUCUAAGGAGUCAUUGGGACUCCAAGAACCUGCAGACUCAGAUGAUGCAGGCUGAUGCUGUGGUUCUGCUGGGUGCCGGAAAUAUGGAUAUUCCACCCACUUGGGUCAGACCAGGAGCUGCGAUCAUUCGAUGUGAGCCCACAGUGCAGCCAGAUGACCACUCCAUGAGUUUGUCCACAAGAUCUGGGUUAGGAUACCUCACAGCAGCUUACAGAGCACAGAAUGUGGUGCACAGCUGCAGCCGGUGGCUAAAAGAGCAGCAGUACAGAUCCUGGCAGCUGCGCAGCCUCAAACUGCAGACCCUGACCCCUGUGCCAAGUGACAUAGAAAUAUCCAGAGCUCAGACACCCAAACCUAUAGAUCAGCUGGCUGAGGAGAUUGGACUACUUCCAGAGGAGCUUGAAGCCUAUGGCAGGAGCAAAGCUAAGGUCCGACUGUCCCUGUUAGACCGUCUCCGCUCGCAGCCUGAUGGCAAAUAUGUGCUAGUCGCUGGAAUUGAAAUACUCAAACGUUGUUUUUAUUGUAUAUCUAGCAUAACUCCUACUCCACUGGGUGAGGGUAAAAGCACAGUGACCAUCGGCCUUGUCCAGGCGAUGUCAGCCCACCUAAAGCUCAACUCCUUCGCCUGUCUUCGGCAGCCCUCGCAGGGUCCCACCUUUGGUGUUAAAGGGGGAGCUGCAGGAGGGGGAUAUGCCCAGGUCAUCCCAAUGGAGGAGUUCAAUCUCCACUUGACUGGAGACAUUCAUGCCAUCACAGCAGCCAAUAACCUGGUGGCCGCAGCCAUCGAUGCCAGGAUGCUCCAUGAGGCCACACAGUCAGACAAGGCCCUGUUCAAUAGACUGGUCCCUUCAGUGAAUGGAUUCAGACGAUUUUCACCCAUUCAGAUCUCCAGGCUACGUCGUCUUGGCAUCAAUAAAACAGACCCUGCAUCUCUCACACUACAAGACGUCAGCACCUUCGUACGUCUUGAUAUUGACCCCUCCAAAGUCACCUGGCAGAGAGUUCUUGACACAAAUGAUCGUUUCUUAAGGAAGGUCACAAUAGGACAGGCAAGCACUGAAAAAGGACACAUCAGAGAGACUGGAUUUGAUAUCGCAGUGGCCAGUGAGAUCAUGGCCAUUCUGGCCCUAGCAGACAGUCUGGAGGACAUGAAAAACAGAUUGGCACGCAUGGUGGUGGGAACCAGCCGCUCUGGACAACCUGUCACAGCAGAGGACCUGGGUGUGAGUGGUGCACUGGCUGUGUUAAUGAAAGAUGCCAUAAAGCCCACACUGAUGCAGACGCUUGAGGGUACGCCAGUGUUUGUCCAUGCUGGGCCCUUUGCCAACAUCGCCCAUGGCAACUCCUCUGUGCUGGCAGACAAGCUAGCUUUGAAGUUGGUUGGACGGGAUGGCUUUGUGGUGACUGAGGCAGGUUUUGGUGCAGACAUUGGGAUGGAGAAAUUCUUCAACAUCAAAUGUCGAGCUUCAGGCUUGAGACCCAAUGUGGUGGUGCUGGUGGUGACUGUUCGAGCUCUGAAGAUGCACGGUGGCGGGCCAAAUGUAUCAGCAGGUACACCUCUGCCCAGAGAGUACAUUAACGAGAAUCUGAACCUGGUUGCAGGUGGUUGCCAUAGCAACCUCAGGAAGCAGAUCCAGAUAGCACAACUGUUCGGCGUACCAGUAGUCGUCGCCCUAAAUGCAUUCAAGACAGACACAAAGGCAGAGACUGACCUGGUGUGCCAGAUAGCGAAGGAGUGUGGGGCGUCUGACGCUGUGUUGUGCCAACACUGGUCUCAGGGUGGGCGAGGUUGUUUAGAGCUGGCUCAGGCCGUGAAUGAGGCGGCCCAGAAGCCCACAAACUUCCAGUUCCUGUACAACCUAGAGAUGCCGAUAGAAGAGAAGAUCAGAACAAUAGCCCAGAAAGUGUAUGGCGCUGAUGACAUUGAGCUGUCUCCAGAGGCCAAGAGUAAAACUGAUUACUACAAUCAACAGGGCUAUGGCUCACUGCCCAUCUGCAUGGCCAAGACACACCUGUCGCUGUCGCACAUGCCUGAGAAGAAAGGAGCCCCCACUGGAUUUGUUCUGCCAAUUAGAGAUGUUCGCGCCAGCAUCGGGGCUGGCUUCAUAUACCCUCUGGUGGGAACGAUGAGCACAAUGCCUGGCCUGCCCACAAGACCUUGUUUCUAUGACAUAGAUCUCGACCCUUUCACAGAAGAGAUCACCGGGCUCUUCUGA